AUGGCUGGGUUUUCUGUAGAAGGAAUUCACUUUUCACUGGCUUACUCGGAUUAUGUCGAUCGUGAGCUUGUAGAUACAACGGAGAUUAUUUUUGUUAGUGCUGACACCGAUCCCCCCAAAACCGAUUAUCACAGGCGAUUAAAAAUCUAGCAUUUCCUUUGUCCUGUGCGUAAUAUUAUGCCUCCUACUGAAAAGCCGUCACGUACGUUGUAAGGCCUUGUGUGACAUCAAAGCACAGAGAAGAGGGAAAGGUUUUACUUCCGGUUGAUUUCCGUAAAAUGGGAUAAGCUCUUGUCAUGCUAAGAUAUUACAGGAUUACGAGUUUAAGUUAAGAAGGUGAUGAGAUAAUUAUCAUCAACUAGGGGCGAUCAGUUUUUUUUCUUUUUUGGCUGCCUUGGCUGCAUAGCAACCUUCAAAAAACACUUUACUGCAAAAUGGGGUUUAGAUAGUGGGCGUUUAGAUAGUGGGGAGCAAGUUAAAUGGUAUGCGGCGAGCGCAAAAAAAAAAAACAAACAAAAAAAAAACACGAGGGGAAAAAACGAGGGGAGACUCCCUUUUCCCGCCCUGUUUUUUCCCUCGUCAAUUUUUCGCCCCCGCGCUAAUUUUUCGCCUGCCGGCCCACCAUCUGAAACCAUCUGAACGCCUGGAACAGGCUAGGUGAGGUCGUGUCAGGCUUUUAUUAGUGAUUUUACGCAACAGGACGGCAGAUGGAGGAGGACGGCAAAACGCUUGUGUUUAACAAACGUAACAGGACUGUUACUUGCUCUUCAGUAAAUACAGUGAAACCUGUACUAAGCGGACACCCUCGGGGAAUGCUGUGGUGUCCGCUUAAUACAGGGUGUCCGCCUAAUACAGGUUUCGAUAUAUAACGUCAUAUGAGGUGUCAAAUGCCAUUCAAAUGAACAGUGGAAGCGUUUAUAAUACUCCCAGAAACUAUGACGAUAGACGUUUGCAUUAUUUUCUUUAUCAAAGUGAACCAAUCCCGGGGGGGGGGGUACUCCCUAAUAUGGGCUUUAUAGGUUUGUGGGGCCCCAAAGGGUAGGGGUUUUCAGCCGUUUUGGUCGUAAAUUGGGUUUUGAUUUUGGCCAUUUUGCCGCCAUUUUGGUCAUAAAUUGGGGAACUAUUUUUGACACUUUGUCUUGAAAGACUUUUUUUGUGAGAAGGUACUUCUUUUUAUUUGUGUAGUUUACUUCCACUGGAGAGGAUGGUAAAUCAAUGUUUUCAGAUGCCUGAUGAUCCUCUGGUGAAUUAUCAGUACUCCUGGUUAGUCUGCAGUCCUCAGCACCACUGCUAGUAGAUACAGCUUGCGAUGGUUCUCCAAUGCUCCUAAAAUCAACAACAGUGACUUUUUAAUGAAUUGAUCAUAUCACCAUAGCCCAAGCUAAGGCUGCUGCUGGGGAAUGUUAAACAUCAAGGAGUUAAACAUCAGUUUAAAUAAAAUGAAGUAACAUGAUGCAUUCGUCUCAAUUACUUCUACGUGUAGGAGUUAAAUAAAAUAAAUUUCAACUAAAUGCAACUAAAGUAGCUUUAAUUCAGUUGUACAUGUAAUAAACUGGCAAAGUGAACCGUAUUACACAAAACAAAGAACAAACAGUAAAAUGAUGUUUACUGAGGGAGACUGGUGAGAGGAGCUGAAAGCUUCAUUGAUUGCCAGGUGUACUCAAUGAACUCCAUUUGCUGUUGAAAAAAAUAAGAACUAAUGAACAAGAAGAGGCCAGCAAAUUAAGGAAUAGACUAAACCUAACUCAAAAUUGAAGACAGUUUGUUUUUGAAAGCUUUCUCACAAUGGCCAUCACCAUUGCAACAUCAUACACUACAGUCCUGAUCCACACAAGUUCAUUUGUCUUAUAAAAUUUAAACUGCCGACAAUUUAUGACAAAAAUGUUUAUGUGCUGGAGCAUCUCAAACAGGUGAAGUUACACCACAAUGGUCAUUUUCAAAGAGAAAAAAAAAUGUGGUGUGACUUGCCAUUUGUGCAAUGACUACAAAAAUCUGCAAGAGAUCUUUGAUAAUGCAUGCACUGUAUCAAGCUUUGGAAUACAGUGAAACCUGUAUUAAGCGGACACUCUCGGGGAAUGCUGUGGUGUCCGCUUAAUACAGGGUGUCCACCUAAUACAGGUUUCGAUAUAAUACGUCUUAUGAGGUGUCAAAUGCCAUUCAAAUGAACAGUGGAAGCGUUUAUAAUACUCCCAGAAACUAUGACGAUAGACGUUUGCAUUAUUUUCUUUAUCAAAGUGAACCAAUCCCGGGGGGGGGGGGGUACUCCCUAAUAUGGGCUAUAUAGGUAUGUGCGGCCCCAAAGGGUAGGGGUUUUCAGCCGUUUUGGUCAUAAAUUGGGUAUCGAUUUUGGCCAUUUUGCCGCCAUUUUGGUCAUAAAUAGGGUAACGAUUUUUGCACUGUAGUCUUGAAUGCACUUUUUUAGAAGAAGCUACUUCCUUAUCAUGUCCCCCUCCUUCAUAAAUAGGGUAGGGAAAAUCGCAGAUAAUAAGAGGGGGGGGAAAAUCGGAAUUUUGUCGUAACAAUGGGGUAAGGGGUUGGGGAGGGCGCCCACCCACCCCAACCCAAUUUUUUUGGAUGUCCCCCCCCCCCCCCCCCGGGGAACCAAUAUUGAUCAUAGUGCCAUAAACAUGGAUUGCAACUCAAAUUUGAAGAAAUCAGAUGAGUGAAACAAGCUCUAUACAAACAAAACGAAAUAUAAAACAAUCCUGUACUAUGAAACUAAUCAAAUAAGUUCGUCAAGUCACGUUUUUUAAUUAGCCUGUGUACAGACGUCCCCCCUCCCUCAGGAAAAAUCGGGAGAGAAGACUCCUCUCCCGAUUUUUCCUGAGGGAGGGGGGACGUCUGUACACAGGCUAUUUUAAAUGUAAAAAUCGAAAAAAAAAAUCGAAAAAUUUGUGGGUCGCAAUUCGAGGCAAUCUUUCGCAUUUCCGGUGUCUGGCAUGUUGGGUGGUGGAAUUUAAUUACAAGUGUCCGUUUAAUACAGGUUGGCAACAAUAGAAAUGGCCCUUUUUAGGUACUUUUUAGGUGAGGUGUCCGCUUAAUAAAGGUUUCAUUUAAAGUAAAUAAGGGAAAUAAAUUUGGGGACUUCGGCUACUGUCCGCUUAAUACAGGUUUCACUGUACAGUGUAUCAAUGUGUUUUUGUCUUUUACAAAAAAGAUCUGUUUCAAGGAAGAUGUAAAUUUUCGGAGGGAGAGAAGCGAGACCGCAAAUACGUUUGCCGUUCGCAGGCUAUUAAAGGAAGAUGAAGUUUCAGGCAAAUUUUUUUCAAACAAAAUUAUUGUCACGCUUGUCACACAAGGUUUGCCGUCUUCUUUGCUCUCCUGGCCUGUUGCGUAAGUUCACUAUUAUUGGAUUACGAGUUAACAAGGUGAUGCGAUAAUCAACCUCGUUCCCAGGGUUCUCUCCUACUAGCCUCCCCAGCACACGUUCUUUUGGCAACUCUCCCACCCGCUCCUUAGAAGCUUGCGUAGCUGGCGGUAUUGUGUACAAGUCGAGUGAGAUUUGGUGGCGGAGCCGCCACGAGAGGAGAAGCCGCGAGAAAUACGCCUCGUCCCCACGCCCUUUUUUGGAUCGCGGCUCCACCGCCAAAUAGGCAAAGACGUUUUUGAAGGACGCACGUCAACCGGAAGUGAGCCUUUCUCUCUUUUUAUAUGCCUUGACGCUAACAAAUUUGUAUCGCUAAGUUUCUUUUCUCUUAUAAAGAGGAUUUAUCCGAGAGUUUCAAACAAACCACUGCCCAAUGAUGCAAAAGGUUCACUUCCGGUUGACGUCCGUCGCUCAACAACGCUGUUGCUUAAGCUCCCUAACCGCCAGCUACGCAGGCUAGCUCUUUAGGGACGAAUAGGAGAGACGACUGGGAGCGCGGUUGAUGAGAUAAUUAUUGUUUAAACAGGAGCGAUCAGUCAGUUUUUUCUUUUUUGGGUGCAUGGCAACCUUAAGAGAACAAAAUGUAUGGUAAACUUGAAUGAAUCAGUCGAGUGAAAAAAAUUUCUCGUUAUUUCUGAUGUGACCGCCAUUCCGAUGUGUGUAGUCAGGCUCCUGGUAAGCAAUUUCAAAUUGUUAACCGGACAAGAAAAACCGGCCGGAAAAAAAUGGGAUCUAAGCAGGAUCGUUUUGUUAAAUGACGGCUGGAGCUUCGGCUGUGUAUUCAAUCCCUGUGCAAUGAAAGGUUUACGAGCGGGAAGCGGUGUCCUUCUAUAUGGGAGUCCCCCUGGAAUCACAAGAGAACAAGAUUUGGGGCUCCCAUGGCCAAAGAGUUUUUAUUUCCACUCUGGAAACCAAGUCCAGAAACCGUAGACACGAUAACCAGCCGUUCGUAGUUCGGGAGCAAAAGGAGGGCAAACAGGAGUCCGCUCUCGCGAACCAUGUCACUGAACAGCUGGAAAUCGAAACCGCAAAGAGGCACAAUCAGUUCGCACUGGAAACUUUGUAGCCGAUCAACCAACGAACGUGUUCCAGCCUCCCCCUUAAUUCCCUGACCUCCGUAGUACACUGUCAUAAUUCUAAUAGCUUGGAAUGGUAAUGAAACUAAAGUGGAAUAGGUACAAACUACGUUAAUCGGCCUGUGCUACUUAAUUUCGAACCCUGUUCGCUCGAACCGUCGGGGUUCGAACACAGUACCUAUGUUUUAUUUAAAAAAACAAACAAACAAACAAACAAAUAAAGAAAAAAUUAGGGGGGGGAUUAUUUGAGUUAGAGUGGCUAAGUGCAUUUCCACUAUAUAGUGUAAACGCACAUUUAAAUUUUAACCUGGGUUUUCUGUUUUUUGUCUGAUAUUUUUCUCCAUUCUUUUUGGAGCAACGAAUCAUCAAAUCGUACUCAAAAAAAUAAAAUAAAAUAAAGUAAACUCAAUUCACUUUAAAGCUUUCUUGUUUGAUUUCAAAUUUCACACUAACCCGGGAUUAUCCUUAACGGAGGUUUGAACAACCUGGCCCUGGGCUUAGUCUGCGCUUCCUGUGCUUUAGGAAUUGACCGCGAACAAGAAGACUGGUGCCAAAAGAAAUGCAAAUUUUGCGCGCAAAUAUGGCGCCGUUUUUGAAGCAGUGGUAUUAAAUGUCCUUUGUCCUGGUUUAUUCGGCUUUCAAUGAUGAAGAUUAGUUCACUUUCAGUUAAUUAGAGCAAUGGUAAGCUUCUCAAAAACUUCCUGCUUUUCGUUUACCUUCUGGCGGUUCUUUAAUUUCCAAAAUCGACUUCUAGUACCUUAAUAUUUGUUGUGCUUUCUUGGGACGCUUCAAGUGUAAAUUCACGUCAGAAAUGACUGUUGUUGUUUUAAUUGUAGAGGAGAUCUCUUGCUCCGAGCCAACUUCUCAAAAGAAAGCAAGGUUUCGAGGAAGAAGAACAGACUCAGCACAAACGGAAACAGGUGAAAAUGUGCCGUACUUUAUUUGAAAAGCUUACUUAGUUUAAUAAAUAAGCUUGUAUGAUAAUGAAAAUUAUUUACAAAAUUGAUUUGCAAAGUCAGUGAAAGUGGUACAGCAGAAACGUGACAACAACUCGUGCUUUAUGCUGUGGGGCAUGCUUUAGGUUAAUAUAAUCCUUUCAUACAAGACGAAAUUUUUGUCCUUCUUGUUCUACCGAGAGCCAUUUACCAAAAGAAUCUGGAAAUUUGGAUUGCAAUGUCCUUCAUGUGUGAGGAACGUGUUCCAUUUGACAUAAGUCAGGGUUUUUAUGAAAAUGACAACAGUGGAGCCUGAGGUAACAGCCGACAUUUUGUAACGCCACCUCUGGUUUCCUGUAAAAUGACGUCUGAGAAACGAGCGCAGAAAUUUGAUACUAAGGUCCAGAUCGGGGUAGUGCUUCUGAUUCCCAUGCAGCAUGAUCAAUCAGAAGCACUACCUAGAUCUGGCAGUGACAUGCAUCAGUUUGGAAUUCCUGCACUUGUUUAUUAGAUGCCAUUUCCUGGAAAACUGGUGUUAGGGUUGCCAAAUGUUAUCUGCUUUCUUAAGCUUCAUGCAAACGGAUCAAACAACUUGCAACAAUGACCAGCUUCAAACUUUUGCGCAACAACAGGCAACAGGGUGUGCAACUUAACAAACCCAACAUAUAACAUCCAACAAUGUUGCGUCCAUUUGCACAUACACUGUAGCUUUACAUUUGUAGGCUAACAGCAGUGCAGAGCCUGGAACUGGUGAGUCCUUGAGAAAAAAUGGAACAUGCAUCUCUAUCAGAAAACUUUCCAAUGCAUCUCUAUCAGAAAACUUUCCAAUGGGAAAAGAGUAUUACUUUUAGUUUCUGCUUACGUGUAUUUCUGAAAUUUUCUUAACAGAAAACUUUACAGCAACUGAAAUUUCAGGAAUUUUGUGGUAAAAUGGAAAAUACCACUUACUUCUGUGUCAUUUCCAAAAAGCUUGCCUUUACAGCAUGCAAAGAAAGUCGUAUCCGAUAGCCCGGGGCUAGUGGAUUUUGCUAUCAGGCUAGUGAUUUUUGUUCUUAACUUGCCCGACGGCCAAGUGCUGUUUUUUGGAGAAAUUCAAAUUACAGAAGGACUAAUCAAUCCUGCUAAUCAAAAAGGGUUUGGGGGCUAGCUACAGCUUGCCCAAAUAGCAGGCUGUGAAACUGACUUUCUUUGCACCCUGCUUUAUUAUUCAUGCAAAAUAAUAUUAUUUCCCUCUUUCUAAUUGCCUGUUAUCCCUCAGCUAAUUCUUCAUAGUCAGCUGGGGUUGACCAGUACUCUAAAUCUGAAUUUAAUUCAGAUUUAGAGUACACCACUCAAAAUUAAGUUCUGAGUCACUUGAAAGUCUUGAUUCUUGAGACUCUAUUCUUAAAACUUUUGAGAAUCAAAUCUCUAAUAUCGAGGAUCAAGUUUUGAGUUUCAAAACCACAGUGUCAAGUCAAGAAAUGAUUUAUAGUGAGCUAGACUGAUCUCUCAAUUAACAAAUUUGGAAAACAGCUUACAGUGUAGAUUAUAUACCAUCAUUAACAUUUGUCCUUCAGACAUCAGUGAUUGUAUAAAGUCAUUGUAAAUUAUUCAUGGCUAUAAACACAUUUAGAAUUUAGUGUUUAGUUUGUAAUGGUGAAAAGAGAUUGAAAAGAGAUUGAAUAUACCAGUACUGGUACUGGUAUGUUUUACACGUUCUAACCAAUUUUCACCCAGAUGUUUAGAAGUGAUAUUUUGUCAAAGUUUUGCAUACAAGAAAACUGAUAUCUGCCUAGCCCUUGUCAAGGUGAUGACAAAUGCAUAAGAAGUGUUGUUGUGACAAAAUAAUUAGGAAAUUUAAGGUGUAUGUACAAGUGCUCUAUUAUUCAGCUUGGCGUGGAAGUUCAUGUUUUUUCCUUGUCAAACAGCACACCUGUGUAGAACAUAAUUAAAAUAUUAUGCACUUUUGAAUAAGGGAGAAUUUACACCUUUUUAAUAAUACUGUAUGUUCCUUGUGGUUUUGAUUUUGGUUCAGAAGCUCAAAUGUGAUCCAGCUGAAGAUGUGCCUGACAGACCAGUUUUGGCUCCACUAUCAACACAAGACAACUGUGGCUCAUUUAACCUCUCAGCCCAUGUAAAUAAAUAUGUGCAUUAUUUCUUUAUGUACAUUUGUAUUCUUCAUUUAAAAUAGGCCGAGAAAACAGCCGGCAUUUUGCGACACCACCACUGGGUGGGAAAAGAGUGCAGAAAUUCCAUACCAAUGAUGCAUCACUACCCAGAUCUGGAUAGUACUCCUGAUUGGAUGAAGCAAAUUUAGCCAAUCAGAAGCAUUACCCUGAUCUGGGUAAUGAUCUGGGAAGUGAUGCAUCAUCAGUUCUGGAGUCUCUUAGAUGUCAUUUCAUGGGAAACCAGUAGUGGUGGACAUUGUGAAAUGUUGGCAGUUUUCUCAGGCUACAGCUGUAUGUUUGAUACAGUCUGUCGUCUUCCAUUAUUAUUAUUAGAUUUACAGAUUUAUUAUAAUCCAUUUUGAAGUCACUGGUGAUCCCUGCAAUCUGAUUGGCUUUCAGCAGUGUGAUUUAUUCCCGGAUAACACUUUUUUUUGUUCUAAAUUGUGUCGUUCAUUUUCUAAACUGACACCAUUUCUGAUUAAAUUGCACCAUUUUCGCUCUGUAUUGCCUCAUUUCUGUUUUGGGUACACAAUGAGAUGUGAAAGCCUUUUUGUUUCUGCUUUUCAACAAACGAGCUACUUGGUCAGAUAAAUAUUGAUAUACUGACUGAAUUCUGUGAUAUCAAAGUGGCUGUAUUAAAGUGGUAUUUAAACUUUGUGUUGUACAUUUAGUUUGGUCGGAAAUCAUACUGGUAGAUUUCAAAUCGAACCCACACUGUGUGCUCAUCUGAUUUUAAAAUCACGCAUAUGAUUUCAGACCAGAUUGCACUCCACUCAGUUCAAUUACCAUUGUACACUGUAUGAUGCAGAGUCUCUCUCUUACAUUUUAUACAAUUGCAAAGGUAAAAGUAUUUUUUUGAGGGCACAAUUAAUAACAUCUGUGAGAUUAAUCCUUACAAUGUAACUUGCAUGUAUUGUAUACUGCUACUGUAUGUGUUUCGUAUUUUUUCAAUAUUUUUGAAGCUGGAAUUCAUAAAAUGUCUGACAGUGUAAGCGUAAAAUCGUGUGAAAAUCUCAGAAAUGUUAAAAAAAAUCUUGCAUAAAAAAUAAUGAUAUGAAUUGUUUUGUUUUUUAAAACAGGAAGCACUUAUUCGCAAGAUUCUUGCCAAGCCCUUCAAAGUUCCAUUGCCAAACUAUCAAGGCAAGUCCUAAUUACUCUUAUCAUUAUGCAUUCUACUUACUAUCUAUCUUCUAAUUGGUUAAGAGCCUACAGCUAAUUUUGGAAAUCAACACAACCCACAGAUUAGUUAGUUACCGGUACAUGUAUCUGUAGCAGAAAACUGACUAAUCUGUAGGUUGAGCAAUCAAUGCAUGAUUUCCAAUAAUAACCUUGUGACAGUGUGUUUGUCUUUAUUUUCUUCAAAACAGUGUAUAAUUAAACAAUAAUUAAUAGAUUUGGUUUUUGUGAUAUCCUAAAUAACCAAGGCCUUGCUAAAUGUACCUUAGCUGCCAUAUACUUUAUACACUGAUGAAUCAGUUUGCAUUUUAUGUUUACGCCAUAUUAUCAUCCUUGAGAUCAUCCUCAUCAAUGACAUGCGGAUCUUUGCAUUCCUCUUGCAUCCCUACAUACUAUUCAAGAAAGUUAGGGGAAGGGGAGGGGAGGCCUUUUAUACCUAGGGGUGUUGCUUAUUGGGGGCAAGGGUGCUUUUUAUUAACAUGGGUUAUUUGAGGAAAUACAAACUUGUAUGGUAUAACCAAAAGAACUUACACUUACAUGACUGUACAUAGCUGUUUAAUUUUGAUUCUACCAAAUAAAUUGCAUAUAUCUGGCAAUAUAAAAUCUAACUGACAGUCCGAGUCUGGCCCUGAUACAAUGUAUUUCACUGUUGUUUAGGAUGCACCUAUUCAAGAGGUCUUGGAAUAAAGAGAAAAGGUCCUCGUAGAGCUCUUCACGAUCCCUAUGAAGAAAAUGCAUUGGUUCUUUACUCCCCUCCUGAACUUACUGCUCAUGAAAAGCUUACAGCUGCUUUGUAAGUUCCACGUCCAAACAAUAUUAAACAUAUGAAUGCUCAUUCUCAACCUUAGAAUAAAGAAAUUUAAAAAUAAAUUCUUGUCUCAAAAGUUCUCAGCUACAUGUAGCUACUAGUUCCUGAAGGGUCUCAAAAGGUACAAUUAUACUAAAAAAUCUGAGACCUUUUUAGACCAGAAUCUAUUUUUCAAAUGUUAAACUUUUGUUGAAAAAUUAAUGGAAAAGUGUAUUUGCUAUUAUGUAUAGAUCUAGUCUACACUGUACUUAUUUUGCAUUACAAGUAAGUUUGGAAAUUGAUUCAGUCAUCUGACAUUAUGACGAAAGUAGAAUAGGCUGGUCUUUAGUGCGAUACAAUAAUACAUGCAUAAUAUCUAGACUUUAAGUUAGAAUUAGUAGGAUUUAGAAGUAGAACUGUGAAACAGUCAACAGAUUUAGGGAAAAAAUCUACUUGGCAGUAUGGCUGUUGUUUUGUUAGAAUGGCUGCGUGAGCAACAUUUUGACAAUUUUGGAUUAAAUUCUGUUCGUUAGAAAUAAUUUACUAAAUUUUGUUUCUCUUUUAUUCUGAUCAUGACUGUGCAUUUGUUAUAAAGAGAGAGCCAAGAAGUUCAUGGUAAGAUGCAAACAUUUAAUAAAGUCACUGUUGUUUUGUUAGUCAUUUUGAGCACUCUUAUAAAGGUCACAACCAUAUUUUAGAGAUGUAUGCUUACAUUUUAUGUAACAUACAUGUAUGGCAGUGAAUUUUGUACAGCUAAAAAUGAUAUUUAAACUAAUUGUGCUCAAAACAUUUAGUUUUGUAAACAACCAUUUUUGGGCAUAUAACGUACGUUGUGGUUUAAUUUAUAAGAUUAUCACAACUUCUUGUUUUUUUGUUUCUUUUUUAACAGUUGUUGUUGAUCCUGUACUUGGUAAAAUUCUUCGCCCUCACCAGAGAGAGGUGAUUAUGUUUGAAAAGUUUUUAUAUUUUACUGUAUAGAAGUGUUAAUGUUUUCCAACUUUGUUGUAACUCUAACUAUUCCAAAAGUUUUUAAUUUUUAAGAAUAUCAGGGCUCUCAUUACAUUUUGAAGCCAUACAGCUGUAGCAAAUGAAGAUUCACCUAUAACAUUUGACAAAAAUUUAUAGGGCCCUACCUUUAGCCUUCCCUUUUGGCCACACAUAACAUCAAGUGGGCUCAGAUGUAUAAAAAUAACAGUUGUUACAGGUUAUGGGCCUUAAUGACAGCUCUAAAUAUGACCGAUAGCACCUGAGCAGUACGGUGUAUUGAUUUUUAAACACUGAAUCAUUGGAUAAUUCAAUUCUAGAGCUCUGAUUGGCUUAGCCAUCAUGGUAUAUAAGCCUUUAUACUAUGCUCUCCAAAUAUGGUAACUGUACACAGUCAUCUACUCAAAAUUUAAAACAAGCUGAAAAUCAGUUGUUUUAAGUUUAUAAAGUCAGGAAGAAUUUUCGAUAUUUUGUGGACCUAUUUAAUAAAACAAUAAUUCCGCUUGCGUUUAUUGGAUAUGAGACGAUUAUAGCCAACUUGGCGCUAUGAGCCUCAUUAGGUAUCUACCAUCUCAUAUCCAAUGUGCACUUAAGGAAUAAAUAUAUAAAAAUACAAUGUGGUGAACAUUACGGUGUAUGCAUGCUAUGAUUGGUUAUUGCCCAUGAUCUAUUUGUGGUCAGUACAUGUACAUGCAGACACAUGGAUGACAUCACAGUAGAAUCAGUUUCUUUGUUUCGUCCAACAUGGCACAUGGUUUUGAAAAUCUGAAGUGCAAGUGAAGGCCUUUAAAAUAAAUGAGAAAUGUUUAGCGGGGGCUGUUUUGCAAGAAAACAGAAACUGAGACACUGAGACAGGAAGAGAUUUUGGCUUUUAGAAUUGUCUAAACUAAAAAAAAAUUCACAAAAGUUGGCAUCUUGUGUCAUGGCUUUAAAACUCUUGUACUUUUGAAAAGUGUUUUUGCAAUUAUUAUUCUGCUUUAAGCAAGUGAAGCCCUUUAAACACUUUGGAAAGAAACUAUCUAGUAGGAUAAAGGAAAAAAGAAUAAAUAGAGAUGAAAAAAAUUAUUGUUAUUUUGUGGCUUGGAAAUGCCUAAACUGGCACAAAUUCUCAAACAGCCAAACAGUACACAGCAGGUUUGUCUGUUUUUUUUUCUUUACUGUGAAUAUUUGUAUAAAACAAAAAGAUUCCGUGUUGCUCACAUGGGUCUGUUCACUAAUGGGACUGAAUCACAGAGGACGUCAAAAUAAUGAUAAAAACAUCAGUGACACACUUGCCUGCGGCUUAUGUGCAGCGUCUAGUUUUUACCACAUUUUGACGACAUCUGCAAUCUAUUACUGAACAGACACACAACAAAAUGGAAUCUGUUUGUUAAACAUUGUCAGAUAGUGUGGUUCAAUGAUCUCUGACACACUCUUUUACUUUAGGGUGUGAAAUUUCUGUAUGACUGUGUCACUGGUGAGAGAAUCGAAGGCAGCUAUGGUUGCAUCAUGGCAGAUGAAAUGGUAAGAUUUCUAGCCAUGUUUCCAUUAAAUUUGAACAUUUUAAUUAGAUAAAUAAAUAAUACAAUUAAUUUGUUUAUUAAUCCUUCAAGCCCCAGCCCCUGGUCAACAUGCAUAUUCUCAUAGUAGUUUCUUUUUCUUUUCCUAUUAUGGUUCUACCAAUUCGCAUUGUUGUUUCCGUUGAUUGUUAUUUUUUUUAUUGUCAUGUCUAAAAGGUUUGUUUUCAUGCAGUGAUUUUCUUAGGAUAAAAUUUUCAGUGGUUUGUUGCUGUGAAUUGUCAUGAAUACUUUUUCAAAAUUAACAAUAAUAAUAAUUUUCAUUGUAACAUUUCAGGGAUUAGGUAAAACCUUGCAGUGUAUCACAUUGAUAUGGACUCUACUGGUAAGAAUUAUGAAUUAAAUACGCUUGGUUGAUUUUAUAGAUCACUUUUAUUCGGUUUAUUCUGGUUAACACACAUCCUGUAUUAAGCGUCCCCUCUCUUUAAUAACUGCCCUCUCUUUUUAAGCCCCACCCCCCCCCCCCCCUUUCCCCCCUCUCCCCUCUCCUCUUUUUCCCUCUCCCCCUUUUCUCUCCCUGCUAGUCCCUCAUGUUUUUUGUUCUUUGUUUCGUUUUUUUUCAAUUAUACUUAAUUUUUAAUGUUACAUUUCAGGGGUUUGGUAAAACCCUUCAGUUUUAUCAAUUUAUAUUGACUUUUCUUGUAAAAAAUUAAAAUUAAAAACCGCUUGUUUAUUUUUUAAAUCCCUUUUUUUCCGUUUUUUCUGGUUUACCCCCCCCCCGUUUUAAACCGCCCCCCUCUUUUAAAACCUCCCCCCCUUUUUAAGCCCCCCCCCCCCCCCCCCUUUCCUCUCUCUCUCCCUUCGUAUUAUUCCUCUUCUCAUAAUUCAUGCACUGGAAGUUCAGAUAUGGUUUUUGUCUUUGGUUGCAUGACUUUCAACUUCAAUCUACUUGACCCUUUCCACUUUGUGUUCUUGUCCUUUAUGGUGAACUGAUAACAUUACCUUUGUUAACAUUUGAAAGGCACCCCCUCUCUUUUAAGCCCUCCCCUCAAACAUGUUUGAAUUGAAUAAGCUCCCUGGGGAGGGGGGGGGCGCAGAUGGGGCACUCUCUUAAUUCAAGUGAGGCACUAGCUACUGGUAUUAUGUGAAACUUAUGUCCAUUUUAGCAGCGUGAGUUUGCUUUCUUAGCAAGCACAGAGCACCAGCUGUUUCAGAGUUUUGUUUUAAGAUGCCUAUUUUGAGAGACCUUCAACCUCUUGAGACAAGAACAAAAAUAAACCAGUAAAAAUAAAAAUAAAUAAAUAAUAAAAACGGACAAUUGAAUUUACUGGUCUUUUGUUUUUAGGGAAAAAUCUUACAGAGUGAAGUAACACUUUUGUAGAGGAAUUAAAUUCAAGUCCUGAAUACUACUGUUUAUUUUUUCCUCCUUAUGGGUUUUAAUGAGAUAUUCAAUUUUCAUUCAUUCAUUUAUUUAUUUAUUUAUUUACAGAAACAAGGACCAAAUGGUAAGAAAACUAGUGCAUAAUUACAUGUACUUUUCAACAUGAGCACACGAUAAACCACAAGGAAAUCAUUAUGGAUUAUCACGUCACUUAAGGUUUUGGAUCAAUGAUCAAUUAAAAUCGAUGAGCAGCACACCACUACUUAAUAUUCAAUGUUAUUGAUUUCUUCCUUUCAGGGCAGCCAAUAACAAACAAAGUGAUUAUUGUUGCACCUUCAAGUCUUGUUAAGGUAAAGUUACUGCUGUAAGUCACAUAGUUACUGGAUUUGGCGGUGUUCUCCCUAAAUUUUAGGGACCAAUCAUGGCCAGUAAGUCAAAAAUUAUGCCCUAGAGGUGCACUUUUCUGGCGGGGAAGUGGGGGGGGGAAGGAAGUAGGGGGUAGGGUGGGGGUAGUGGAGUAAGGGACAUGGCCCCACCCGAGUAGGAGCUAAGUUCUUUGAAACGCCAUUCCCUCAUUUUACGACCUAUUUUACGCAAAUCGGCUGUUGUUAUCUUUAGACGGCUAUUUAAAACGUUUGAUUCCAAUAAUUUUACUCUGUCUUCAAUGUUCUCUUUCCAAAGUAGGCUGCCCAUAAAAAGAAAAGCUGUGUAUAUUUUAGUACUUUUCCUUGUAUUCAUUCAUUUCCUUGAUCAGAUCGGAUCACAACUUGUGUAUUUUUUAAAACUACUUAUUUAAUUUUAGUAAACCUUUAAGCCCUUGCAGGCAGUAAGAAGUGUUGACUCUGGCGGUAAAUUUUACUGGUUACCACCUGAUGAGGAGAACACUGUUUGGUACAUAGUUUACUGAUCUUUCACUUCAAGGCUUUAUUGUUGUUGUUAUUGUUUGUUUUAUGUAACCUCAUUUAGAACUGGCAUAAUGAACUGCACAAAUGGCUUUCUGGGCGAAUCUCUGCCUUGGCCAUUGACUCUGGAUCAAAAGAUGAAAUUGACAAAAAACUUGGUAUGUUACAUGACAUGACCUUUUAGAAUUACUUAUAGAAGGUUGUUACUUCUCCUUGGCAGCUUUGACUAUCGUAGGUUUCUGCAUCAAGUCCAGGGUACAAAGAAAGUCAGUUUUACAGCUUGUCAUUCAGGCUAACAUGUACUAGCCCAAAGUCAUUUCAACUUUAGCCCGAAAAAAAUAUUUGAUGAACGUUGGUUACAGUUUGUUCUGUGAUCUGAAUCCCCCACCACCCGCCCACCCAAAAGAAACUUCAUUUGCCCAUACGGGCAAGUUAAGAAUAGAAAUCACUAGCCCCGGGCUAUUGGAUCCUACUCCCUUUGCACGCUGAAGUCUUCAACAAAUGAGCGUCUCUCCUGGACAGCCAGACUUGUCAAUAGACCAAUUUCAAUAUGAAUUAUUCAUACUUGGCUGCUUGGGGGAAUAACACUAAAGAAAUCAUCUUGAGGCUUAGCAAUGAACAAUGCACUUCUUUUGUUUUAUUCCCCCAAGCCUCGGAGCUAAGUAUGAAUUUUAAUCUGUCACAAUAUUGGUCUAUUGCCUAUUUUAUGUUAAACAUUGUUUAAAUUAUAUUAUGAGUUUAGUUUUACCUGUGAUUUACUGAAAAGAUAAUUAAUAAAUAUAUAUACUGUAAAUAAAAUGCUUGAUGUGUCAAUCACAUUUUUUGUUCUUUCCUUGUUUUUCCGUGCUCUUCCUUCCAUCAGUCACUGUGGUGUUUUUUCUAAAUCUUAGGAAUGUUUAUGUCUCAGCAAGAAAGACGUACAACUUAUCCAGUUUUAAUAAUCUCGUAUGAAACCUUUCGUCUUCAUGCGUCCGUGCUACACACUGGACCUGUAGGAUUGGUCAUCUGUGACGAGGUGGGACGAGUUUGCAGGAAUGUUAUUUGUUUAUUUCCUGUUUACAGAAACUCAUAAGGGGUUAACCCCUUAUGAGUUUCUGCUGUUUGUUUGUUUAUUUAUUUAUUUAUUUAUUUAUUUACACUCCAACCUCCAUGUGCGACCACCUUCCAAUAAGCGGCCAUGCACUUAAUAUCCAAAAAACGAAAAUUUCCCCUGUCAAAGGUUUACAGUUGAACCUUUAGUUUCGUAAAUGACCACCUCUCAUAAGCGACCGCUACAACUUUUAAGGGAUGACAGUUUUAGAAUUUUCCUUUUUUUAGCCUCUUCUUAGCGAUUACCUGAUAUAAUGGUCUGGGCCCAGUUGUUCAAAAGGUGGAUAGCGCUAUCCAUCUUUUGAAUAACCGGGGCCUGAUCUUUGUGCUGGUGUAUACACGACGCUACUUACAAUAUCAAUGAGACGAACUUUUGAAAACAACAUGGAUUUACAUUGUAACCCAAAAAUUGCAUGUACUUGUUAUACAUUCACUCCAAAAAGGAGAAGGAGUUCUCCUCCUGAAAACACGUUCUACAGUCCGACUCACUGUAAGCGACUUUCUCCAGUAAGCGACCGCUAACUCUUCCUAUUUCUGGUGGUCAUUUACGGGAAGUUCGACUGUAUAUAUUUCUUAUGUGUGGUUGUGUGUGAGACCUGUUUUAAACAUCGUGCUACUGCCAAGCUAAGCUGGCUCGACUGUAGCUCGACUGCAGCACGACACUAACACGACUUGGUUUCAGACGUAGAAUUUAAUUCAGUCUAAUAGAACGGCUUUUGCCGAAAACAAAACGCAAAAAUAAAGAAACGGUUUAGCAGACUUUUAAAUGUAUUCUAAUGUCUUUAUAAUUUAUGAAUUAAGUUCGGCAGGGCAGUAGCGCGACGUUUGAAACCAAGUCGAGCUACUGCCUUGUAGCAGGGCAAAGCGUGGCGGUAGCAUGACUUGGUUUCAAACUUCGCGCUACUACCGUGCUAAAGUCGAGUUUAAUUCGAUCAAUUUAGUUCGGCACGGCAGUAGCACAACGUUUGAAACGGGCCCGAGUGUGGUGAAUUAUUCUUGAUCGGUUUUUGUCCCUCUGUAGGGUCACAGACUGAAAAAUUUAGAAAGCCAAACCUAUUUAGCCCUCGAUAAACUGAAGACUACAAGAAGAGUGCUGUUAUCAGGUUGGUCUGGAUGAGAGAAUGAACAUUUCUACUUCUUCCUCUUACCACGUAUUUUCCGUUACGACUUCUUUUACCUUUGUUCUCUUCUUACAUGUCUUCCUCCUUCUUCUUCCGAUCAUAAUCUUUUCCUAGUCACUCCUCCUUCUCUUUGUCCUUCGAACCGUUCUUUAGUCCUGAUCCGUCUUCAAUUUUUCCUUUUGUUUCUCCUUCUUCAUCAGUCAUCUUCCCCAACGCCGUACCCACUCUUUCCCGCUUUUACUUAGCGAAUGUUAAUAUGUUACCUGAAUGACUUUCUUUCCGGUACAAGUUUCGUUCCAAGCUGAAGUUCGUACUGCGUUAACAUGAUUAAAUCGAACGGCUCUGUCUAGGGUGUCCUCGCUUGCGUAGUUUUCGCGCCAGAUUAGAUGCGCAUGCACCACUCGCCCCAGGCUACAUGAUUUGCGAUUUUUAAUCCGCAACGAAGUUCGUUUUUAGAAUGAAAUUUCGUAACAGAACGAGAUUUUUAUUCGGAAUGAAAACUGGAAAGAACUCAUUCCGGAUUGAAUAGUACGGGAACGAAAGUCAUACCGGUAUCAUGUGAAUAGCUCCUCAUUUACCAUCCAGCGGUGUGUCUCCCCACCCUCCCCCCACCCCUCGCUAUUAGCUGGACCUUUUUUACUUCUAAAUAAACCUAUUGCUCUAUUGUGCAGGUACUCCGAUUCAGAAUGACUUGCUGGAAUACUUUAGUCUGGUUCAUUUUGUGAAUGGUGGAAUUUUAGGUACGUUAAGCCUAGGCCAAACGUCGAACUUUUCGAGAGACGAACCAAACUUUGUGAGUUAAGUCCAUGAAAAGUUCGACGUCUUGCUCAGUUAAGUUCGUCUGAACAACAGCAACAACAGCAACGAUAAACUUCAUUAAUAAACAGGUAAUAUGACAGAAGCAUUGCCCAAAGCUAGCAAGGCUAUUCGAGGCGGAACAAUGCGUGCAAAAUAUGAAAUUAAGAUCAAGGCAAACUAAGGAAAGUUUAUGGUUUACAAAAAAUGAAAUAAAAAUCGUAAUAUGGAUGAAGACUAGAUAACAUGUCGUCAGUGAUUUUCUUCAAUUGAUUCUUUAGAUCUUGAAUUUCUUUUCGUAACGCUUGGUUUUCUUUCCUUAGUUUCUCAGUUCCGGUCAUAGUUGAGAAAUAUUUAAAAGAUUUACUAGAAAUUUAGCGAGAAACCCGGAGAGAUUGAGAACGCGUGACCUGACUAAUACGUUCUCGGUACUAGUCCUAUCAUCAACAACAAUGAGUUUGGAUCGUCCAACACUUUGUAUUCGUGUGCUUCAGACGGAUAGAACGUAUGAAGAUCGUCUCUGGGACAAACGUCGAUCUUCACAUGCGACGAACUAAACUUAGGUUAGCCUGUCUUCGUAAUCGUUAUAUACUUGCCUUGUUUUAUGUUAGUUUAAAUUCUAUUUACUGUAUAGUAGUGUCUUCACUGUUAUUUAGUCCAUCUAUAUAUAAUUCUUGUUUUGUAAUACGUCUUCAGCUCCCCCCGCCUCGAUUAGUUUCUAAGCUAUUCGCGGGUGGGAAAGUAAUGUAAUUAGUUAUUUUCCAAUUUUCAAUAAAAUUUGUCGUUGUUGUUGUUGUUGAACUAAUAAAUUAAAAAUAUAUAUAUGAAAAUUUGUAUUUAGCCUCGUUCGGAUGAAAAUUUAUUACUGAUCUAUUCAGUUGAUUGGUUCGACGCGUCCUAAGUUCGACGUAGUGAAACCUGUGUUAAGCGAACAGUAGCCAAACUCCCCAAAUUUAUCUCCCUUAUUUACUGUGAAUGAAACCUUUAUAAAGCGGACACCUGAAAAUUAGAUGCAAUGGUCAUUUUUAUUAGUUUUUUUGUUUUGUUUUGUUUUGUUUUGUUUUUUUUUUUGGUACAAACCUGUAUUUAAUGGACACUUGUCAUUAGAUUCCAGUAUCCAACAUGCCAAAAACUGGAAAUGCUAAAGAUUUUCCCCCCAAAAUUUGUCGACUUUACAAUCCGAAAGACUUGACAAUAGAUGUUUUAAUUUGAGUCAACAUUGUCGAAUACACAAGGAGGAAAGAAACCGAAAAUGCUUACACGUCCAGGAAGCCUUCACAGCUAGUAUACAAUAAACUCUUCGUUGGUCAAUUUAUCUUAUCAGUCACCUUGCAGUAAGUACUCCAAGCCUUAAUUACCCGUUGGUUAGUUUUAAAGUACUGUAUUAGUUGUCAUUUCGUUUUGUUUGUAGAGUCAGCUUAUUUUACUCAUCUGAUCACGUAAAAUGUGAGGUGCAAUCUAAGUUUACAUGUGCGAUAGAGCCCUUUCUUUCUAACCACAAAUGUGUGAAUGUGGGACUUGCAUUAUAUUACUUGCAGGGACUGUUUCUGAGUUCAAGAAAAAAUUUGAAACUCCCAUUUUAAGAGGGAGAGAUGCUGAUGCUUCUGAUGCAGAUCAUAAGAAAGGAGCUGAAAAAUUGGCAGAGGUAGCGUUGUUGCAUCGUGGCUGAAAGUUUUAAGAUUAUGCGUCUCCCUUUGCAGCCCCUUCUGAAUUUAAGAGUGCUUUCCAUUUGCCAAACCAAACAGUCAUAAACCAGUGGAAUUAGAGAGCUUUAGAUUCUAAGACGAGGACGACUACGAGAACGAAAUUUUCUCAAUACUAAGUACUACACGCGCGCGAAUCAACGUCAUGUUGGCGGGAAAAUGUGGUUUGUAGCGGUCGUCAGUCUACGAGUUUUAGCGAGAAUGUUGUAGUGGAGGAAACAAGUUAUAAAAUGUUAGAAAUUUUAUCAUCUAGCGAUCGGGAGAGGGCUUAACCACCUUCAACGAAAAUAAGCGUGCUAACUUUGGUGGUGAAAAAAAGUACAAUGAAGCUUUCCGGGAUGUCUGUUUUAGAGAAUAGGCGAGAAAACUUGAAAUUAAAUGUCGUCGUCGUCCUCGAGUCUAAAGUUCUCUAUUAUCAAAAAAAUGGAACGACAUUGUUCGAUUGAAACAAAGUUUUCAACUGAAUCAAAGCGAUCCAUUUGCGUUUCGACCGAAAUUUUGUUUACUAAUUAGCGAAGCAGGACUGCAAACGAGAAUUUUUGGAAAUGGAACUGUUUCGGUCGCCGAACGGACCGACCGGUGACCACCUCUGGAGUGGUGGACCACUUUUCAUCGGAGAAUUUCCACACGGAUCAAAGCGUUUCAUUUAUUUCCGAAAUUUCCGAAAAUUUUAGGGUAAUGGAAAACACCCAAAACCUCCGAAAUUCGAGACACAAGAAAACCUCCCAUAAAGAUACGGUGAAAUAGGUAACAGAAACGUGCAACUUGUUUUGCUAUUUUGCGCGUUUAACCACCACAGCAGUUUGAAUUAACAAAAUUCUCAAUCUUGUUGGGCACGCACCACAUUAAUAUUCUACCUGAAGUGUGUGAUUUGUCAGGAAAAAAAAGAAAGGCCGCACAUGCUUGUCGUAGCAUGAACCAGAAAUUUCAGUGCUCGAAGAGUUCAGGACGAAGGAGUUUGAAUUCAAUUGUAGCGUGUUUUGCCUUACUGUCUAAUGUAAUCAGUUAUUGAAAAAAACAAAAAGUUUAACCUAAAUCUACGGCUCCGCUUUUAGGCUUGGCUAAAUUUAGUUUUAAUUUACUUCUCUUGAAACAGCUGGCAUCUUUAGUGAACAAGUGCAUCAUUAGAAGAACCGGUAGGUGACAUAGGGCCUUUUUUCUACAUUUACUGUUUCAGGAGUGUUUUAGCAAGUUCGAAAUCCCCGGGGGAGGAAGGUACGCAUCGGACUUUUAUACGGGAACGGGCUCCGCCCUGAGGUCCAUCCCCCGCCCUUUUAUAUUACAUUUGUGACAGAAAAGGUACCCCUUUUGUAUACCUUCAUCUGACAGAUGGUACCCCUUUCACCUACCUGGUUUCGAACACUAUAUCCCUUUUAAUUGCUUUAAGUCCUCGGUCUUUAAAUAUGAACAAAUCACUAAAGUAGAAAGUUUUCUUGUCUGUUACACAUCCAUAAAAUUAAUGCGUCUAUUAGCCCCUUUUGGACCUUUUAAAGAGUGGAAUGGUAGAUUUCCCAACCCUUUCAUAUACUUAAGUUCGACUAAUGAAAUACGUACCCUUUUAUAAUUAUACCUGAAGCCUGAAAAAAAGUAUCCCUUUAGGGCGGACUCUUACCUUAUAGGCCACUAUAGAGAGGACCCCCCGGGUUCGAAACUCAAGGAGCAGCCUGAGUUUUACAAAGACAAACUGCGAUUUUAAUCAAUGAUAGAAGGAAAUAAGAAAAGUGCUUUUUAUCUUGCCUAGUCCCUGUUCUGCGUUUUCCCAGUCCCUCUCGGUCAAUUCACUUCGACAUAUCCGAGGCGAACGGGCGGGAAACGGUGUCACAUCUUCGCUAGGACCACUUGACCCGAAAUGCUUUGGCCGCGCGGAAUAAUGAGGCAUAGGGACUAGGUAACUUUUUAUCCUCACUAUCGUCACGCAACGCAAACUGGGAAGAAUGAUGCGUGACGACUCAAAGAACGGCUCUGUACUGAGACUAUAUUAUGCAUCUGUGGCUUGAACUAGUCAUCUUCUGACUAACAAACCUGAGGCCUAAAGUUAGAUCAUUAUACCCCUCUCUCUAUCAGUGCUCUGUUUUAUGGGCACAGCCAAGCCCCGCUUUACGGACACCCGGUUUAUACGGACACCUCGUUAUUACGGACACUUUUUAUGGCCCCUUCAGUGUCCGUAUUCAGCGGCGGAUCCAGACCUUCAGAUAAGGGAGGGGUGGGAGGGGGCGGUCAUCCAGACCCUGAUCACUGAUAAGGGGGCUCCCGGUCUCCAAAAAAAAUUUUUUUUUCGGCCCUGUGGGCCUCAGUUCGGUCUUAAAAUGACGUGCGGGAGGGGGGGGAGGGGGGGCAGGGCCUGUUCUCUGGAUCCACCACUGGUAUUAACGGGGUUUGACUGUAUUUUAAGCUUCUUGAAGCUACACGGAAAGAAAAAGGAUCUGAAACAAGGGUUGUUGACCAUUUACACUAAGUUUCCGGGAAAUCCGGAAAGGAGCACGACGGUUUGGGUCGCUCCAGCGGAAAAUUUCCGGAAGCAACAGAACAUCUGAAAAGGUAUUGGUAACUAGUCCUUUUUUUCCGGACGGAAUAUUCCUUGUGUUCCAUUUCCUCAAAGCCAUCUUUGAUACCAGUUUCAGGCUUUCGUGGUCAUUUUUCGGUAAAUAGAACUGAUUUGUGCAAACGGUAAACGCGAUUCCGGGACGAAACUUACCAGAAUUUUGCGUAACAUUUUGCCCAGACCGUGGACCGACCGGUUUGCCCAUAUGUAAAUGGUAAACAACCAAGGACUUUAACUCACACCUGGAAAUCGAACUCGGGACCCGCUUUGACCAACUGUACCAGUCCUUUGAAACACCGAGUGCAUCUUCUUCUUUAUAAAUAAAACCGGCUGAUAUACUCUCCAGCAAAUUAGGUUAUUCGUAGAAUUUAGUAAAGUCUGGUUCACACUUGCAACAUAAAAAAAUGAACAUAACGGCAUAAGAAGGUGGUUAUGUCCUUAUAUUUGUAGUGUGAAUGCACUUGUUGACAUAACGACAUUAUAUCAACAUAAUGACAUUAGGAAAAAAAUGAUCUUUUCUUUAUGUCGUUCUGUCGCCCUCUGUUUUUUUUUUAAUUACGGUGAUGUCGUUAUGUUGAUGUUCACGUUAGCGACAUAAACUUCUUAAGUUGUUAUGUUGUUCUGUCAUUAUGUCGCAAGUGCGAACCAGGCUUAAGUUUAUUAAGUCGGUGGAUUUCUAAUUAUGUUUGUUUGAUUUUUGCUUCCCAGCUACAAUUCUGUCGAAGUAUUUACCUGUGAAAGGUUAGUUUAAAAAAUUUGUAAGUUUUUCUAUGCCAAAUUUCCGCACUUCCCCUUAUCCCAAUUCAUAGUGUAACAACUUUUAAUUUCCUUGUUUUUGCGGGAGGAAUGGAUGCCACCCUUUGUGCAACUUAUUUCAUCUGUUUUUGACAUUUAUCAUCAUCAUCAUCAUCAUCAUUAUCAUCAUCAUCAGUAUCAUCACCAUUAUUAUCAUAAUCAUCAGUAUCAUCAUUAAGGUCAUCACCAUCAGUAUCAUCAUCACCAGCGUCAUUAUAAUCAUCAGUAUCGUCAUCAUCAGUAUCAAUAAAAUCAUUAUUAACAUCAUCAUCAGUAUCACCAUUAUCAUCAUCAUCAUCAUCAUCAUCAUCAUCAUCAUCAUCAUCAUCGUCGUCGUCAUCAUCAUCAUCAUCAUCAUCAUCAUCGUCAUCAUCAUCAUCAUCGUCAUUAUCAUCAUCAUCAUAGCAGCAGCAGCAGCAACAUCGUCGUCGUCAUCUUAUGUGCGAAGCCGCCUCGAUUGUCACCAUGUUUACAUUUAAAACUUCUACCGUGCAAAACCCUCAACUGAAACUCAAACUUAGUAAUGUGUGAUGUUUUUCUAAUCCAGUGGAACAGGUUGUGUGUUGUCGCUUGACGCCUCUGCAGACACAGCUCUACAAACUUUUCAUUCAGUCCAAAGCGUUAAGAAUGGAACUUGUCAAAUCCAAGUCAGGUUCAGGCAUUUCUGCGUCAUCUCUGGCUUUCAUUACUCAGCUAAAGAAACUUGCUAAUCGUAAGUAAAAAUGUUACCUAUAACCUUUUUUUGUGUUGCAUUUGGACUGAGCUCAGACGUCGGUUUAAAAACAUUUGUUAUUUUUACUUUUAUUAUUUUUUAUUUUGCCACCUUGUAACCCAAUAAUAAUAAUAAUAAUAAUAAUAAUAAUAAUAAUAAUAAUAAUAAUAUUGUUAAUAUUAUUAUUUUAAUUAACUUUUCUUAUUUUAUUUGAUUUAUUUUUCUUUUCACCCUCGGUUUUCUCGGGUACGCAGGUGCGUACCGUGCGUACAGGUAGCUACGCCCCCGUUUUGGCUAGCUUGCGAAAUAUUUUUGGAGACCAAAAAGGCUUCCUCGGCAGGUAUUCAACCAACUAAGAGCAGAUUUGGCAAACUUGACAGACGAAAUUCUCCAAAAGUUUUCGUCUUAGUUUAAGUUAGAUACAACGCGAUAGGCAACCAAAGCAGAGAAAUCUCUUUUAAAAAGUAACUUUAUUGAGGUUUCUAAAUUAUUUUAUUCUAAUGCACCAGCAAUACAUGUAAAUCGCCGUCUUAACAAGCCUUGUUACACUGUAGGUGGAUGUAGCAAUCAGUGUAGAAUAACAAAGGUGUGACCGACAUUGGCGCUUUAUUCUUACAUACUGUUACAUAGCUAUUGGUGGUCACAUAAGUAGUGAAGUCAGAAAGUUUAAAAUAUGCAAAAAACUUAACUGAAUUGGAAUCAAUUGGAGAGCAAUCACGGUCUUUACAAUAUUGUACAGUUAAGUACUAUUUUCAACAGUAGGGCUCAAAUCAUUACUGAAGGCUAAUUAACGGGCACGAAGGAGAAUUACAGCAACGUUUUGUUUUUGUCGACAAUUAAAUAAUAUUAGGAGAGCUUUUCUGAACUUUGGCAUUCUGAUUGUAUAAACAAUAGGAUUAGCGAGCGAGUUUAUGUGGAAAAAUGCCAGUAACGAAUACUGCACUCGCAAUUUUGUUUGGUAAGAUUCCAUUCUAGCAGUUUUAGAAUAAGCAAAAGUGACUAUAACACAUGGCAGCCACAUCAGUAAAGAUACAAUAGUCAUUAUGAAUAAUGUGACAGUCAGCUUUCUUUGUGUACUGGCUGCACCAUGGUGCUGAGGAUGCGCCCCACAAAGACACUUAACAACAAUGGAAGCGUAAGAAACACAGAUAAAAAAUAGACACAAACAGUUGUAUGAUUGCCAUAAGUAAAAACUAUGCCACCUUUCUUCCCCAAGAAGCCUAACUAUCACAAUGGCAGUUGAUAUAAUCGCAGUUAAAACCCAGACACCAGCAAUUAUUACACCAUAGACCCAUUUUUUUAUGACUCGAUGUCCUAAUGGACGGAGUGUCGCAUGCAGUUGAUCUAAGGAAAUCGCUACAAUGCUUGUUAGAGAGCUGAGACGAAACCAAUAAAAGAAAAAGGAAAUGAUGUUGCGCCCUUCCUUUGUCAAACUUAUAUUCACAAUGUCGCAUCCUAAACCUAAUAAUUUAAAUAGAGGAAUAGAGGAAAAUCCUCCAACCAACAUAUCAGCUAUGGUUAAGUUUAUAACCAAGAACAUGGCACGAGUGCGAAGGUUUCUUGUUUUCAUGAACAGAGUGAUUGAUAGGAGGUUUACUAAUACUAUAGCAACUGACUCGAUAAGGAAAACAGCAAACCAGGUGUUGCACUCCGGUGAAGAAAUAAUCAUCGUAGAUUCCGUUCCUGUUUUCUUUCCACUGCUGUUCAACCUUUAGAAAGAAUUCGAAAUAAGUUCAGUUACUUGGAAUCAAGAAAAUUGUAUAAAGAUCAAGAAUGAAGGUACCGCUCACCUUAACAUUUGAUACUUCAGAUGACGACACAGAUGCAGAAGUGAAAGGUACUCUUGCUCUGACCUGUAGAAGAAAUUUAAAGUCGCUGCUUGAGGAUAUAGUAGAAGAAAAACCCUCCUUCCUUGUUUUUUUUUUUUUUUUUCAAAUUUUUGAUAAAGACCAGGUACCGAAUAUCCAUUGACACUGCUAGAAAGAGCGCCAUAAAGUUAGGAAACUGACCAAGUUUAAAAGUGAUUUGAUAAAAGCGAGCGACGAUAAUUAUUGCUCCACGAAAUCGCGAAAUGUUCAGUGCAGACGUUUGUAUGGUGGGGGGCAAGUUAGUGCCCCCUAACCAUAGAAACAUUUGUAAAAUUCAGCGUUUUGCGGAGCCAUGUCUUCGUUAGGUUUCAACACAUCAUGUUACUUGGCACUUCACUAAUUUUAAGGCGUUCUUCUUAGUCGUGUUGACGGAUUUUCGCCAACUGACCCCAGUUAAAAGUUGAAAAAACCAUGAUCGGGUCUGUUGGAUGAAUGUAUACUGAAACAAAAGUCUAUAUCUAAAUUGCGGAAAAAAUCUUACAGUAGGCGCUCUUUCCGCUCGGGCCGGGGUAACUGAUCACCUGGCCGAAAGUUCAGUUUUCCUCGUCGGUUGUAGUAUUUUUGUGGGAAAGACCACCGUUUACUCAGGUUGUGGACGCCAAGGCACAUCAGUGAUCGAGAGUAAAAUAAUUUUUUGAAGUAACUUAUUUAAAAAAGUAAAUCCCACCACACGUUUUUCGCGUGGAAUUAAAAUUGAUCUUCGCUGCUUUUGUCUAUCAACUCGGAUAAAAUUAGGAAAAAUGCUUCUGCUGACCAGAAAAUUUAACAGUGGAAAGUAGAUCAAUGAUUGUUGACUAGUUAGACAUGCAACUGUUUGAGAAACUAAGCCCUCAUUCAACGUGAAGAAAUUUUUAUGAGAGAGAUUGAGAACUGAAUAUUUAAAGCGUCCAGUUGAUUUUUUGCUGUUAUUGUUGUUGGCCGGGUUUUUCUUUUUACGUUAAACACUGUUUUGUCUUUGCUGAGUUUUGGGGGUAAAUAUUAACUUACCUUUCACAAAAAUACUCUACUUGAUGACUCUCCAAAGAAGAAAAAAAGUUCUUGCAAAAUAUCCGUUGGGCUUGCUCUGGCGAUAAAUAUCAGUCACUCAAUUUAUUGCAUCUGUUUUUAAUGAUCUGCACUCUUCGUUCUGGUAAAACAUUUAAACAAAAAGCUGUUGAUAUCAAAUAAUUACCAUGCUCAUCUUUUUCAUCUCUCAGCCCGCCCCUAGCAAAUGGGCAUCUUCGUUGAAGGUUCCUCUGACAAUAAAUUGCCGUUUUUCAUUCGUUUUUAAUAAUCCGCACGCCUCCUUUUGGUAAAACAUUUCAAUAAAAAGCUGUUGAUAUCGAAUAACUACCAUGCUCAUCUUUUUCAUUUCUUAGCUCCCGUCAAUAUCAAUCACUCUGCAAUAAUUAUGACGACGCAGGUGGUGACAUUUCAUGCCUUUUUAAAUUCUUAUUAUGGAAAUUUUGGAGAAAAUGUAGCUAUUUUAAGUUAAGCUUGCUCUAAGUUUUAUUGACUUGAACUUCCUUUUUCAAUCAGCCCUAAACAAAUUGACCUUAAUUUUCUUCAGGACACGCACACUUUUGUUGUAGUCUGUUAUUCGAGCAAAUACGACAUAACGCAAACUAAAUUUCCUUUUUUACUUGAAACGCUUGAGAAUAUACAGUUAUUUCGAGAAAGGUGGUCGGAUAAAGUGCACGCCACAACCCCGAAAGGUUUAACUUUUGUGGGUGGUUUUGAGUUCACUGUUCUUUAAAGAAAUUUGAUAGAAUGGCAGGAGAGGCCAUGGACAUAUGUCUGUGAGUGCUAAAGGAAAGCAACAAAAGUAGGUUCGACAGCUACAGUGUCAGGAAAAGUGUAUUGAACAUAUCCCAUAUUACCUCUCGGGAUUGUCGCGUGCACAUUUUUCCGACAACCUUUCUCGAAAUAGCUAUAUUUGAGGUAUGGUGCAACUGGAAAAACUAUUUACGGCAGUUUCUUAGCCCGCGUGAGGAGCGAUAUAUGCAAUGUUCGUGUGACCAAAACCAAAAGUUUGAACCACCUUACAGGCUGUAUGGCAGUAAAAGCUUCAGCUAAACAACGAUAAAGUGGAAUGGUGAAACUAAAAAAAAGAAUUUGGCUCAAUUUUUUACUUAGAACCCGAGACCUUGAAAUGUCUAUUUAUAAUUUGACUUAUCUAUAAAAAUAAAUAUAUAAUUAUUUAAGACUGAAUUAUUGGAUAAUGCAGUUCUAGAGCUCUGAUUGGCUUAGCCAUCAUAGUAUGUGAACCAUUAAACCAUGCUUUCCAAAUAUGGUAACUGUAGGCGUCUGCUCAAAAUUAAAAACAAGCUGAAAAUCGGUUGUUUUUACAAAUAAAGUCGGGAAGAAUUCUCCACAUUUUGUGGGCGUUUUUUAUAAAACAAUCAUUCCACUCGCGAUUGUUGGAUAUGAGAUGAUUACAGCCAACUCAUAUCCAACGCGCAGUCGUAUAAUAAUUGUUAAAUAGCAGCUUUCAAGCAGCUAGUUUCUUAUUAUUUAUGGCGAAUCUAAGCGUCUCUUACUUAGAAAGAGAGAAUUCGUGAGUUGGACUGUACAUACACCAAGUUCCGCAAGCUUUCUUGGUUUGCCAUUGUUUUUUACGCGGGAGUUCAAAAAUUUUACCGCGGCGCCACUAAAACAUCUUUUUCGUUUGUAACUUACCUUUUCAGCAAAUACUGCCGGAGCUGGUUGAUUGUCCUGAAGGAGGACAACGCAGCCGCAAAAAGCUUGCGAAAUUAAGCGAUUGACGAAUUUGUUGGUCUGGCGUCAAUGACUUUUGUGUUUAAUUUACGGUUUCCAUUGAUUCAAAUAGAUCUUUAGCUCAAUUCCAAUGACCGGCUCCCCCUUUAAUAAGUAAAAAGAAAAUAUGACGCUUAAUUUAUGUCGCAGCCUGAUAAUAAUGACCUUAAUCAUUAUAAAAAAAACCGUGUUUUCCAAAACAUUAUUGAAAUUAGUAACAUUUUCCUGCUACUCUUAUUUUGUUAUUGUAAAAUAGUAGUAAAAAGCUUUGUAACUCUGAGAAUUGUAUACCUGGAAGAUUGUCAGACCACAACAAGAUAACAUGUGCUAUAAAUUAUAUUCCCAUGUCACACCUAGGGGAAUGACAUCAUCAGUCACGUGAUUAUUGCCAAAUUAGCUUUUUUGUUGCUGUCAAGUUUUUAUUACCGAGUUAAAAACAAAGAGCAUAUUUGAGGUUCUGGUAGUGUGGGGCAUUUAAAAAUAACCAGUUGACUUCCGGCAAGGGGGCAAUGAACAUGAGCGAAAAAGUCGGGAGACUAGGCCGAGGGCUGAAAAGCGUCGAAUUUUCAGCACACGGCAGUGAAGAUUUGUAGGAAAGUAAUCAGCGGUUUUACCUGAUAAUUUGUUUAACGAACCAAAUAGGGAAUGACUUCAUCAGUCACGUGACCAAAGCGUUUUAAAUAUUUUAAUUCGUGUUUAAAGUACAUUUGUCGUCAUAAAUUGGCAAGGUUUUGUUGUUUUUCAUUACAAAUCUUAAAAUUUUUUUGUCUUUUUGUCUUAUACCUCCAUUUUGAAAGCAGAAGCAAACGAAAACUGAGCCAGAAGUUUAGAAAUUGCGUAAAUUGACCCGAUAUUGCAAGUUUAAAUCGGAAAGGAGACUUACUUACUUACUUUUGAGAGUUUUGCAGAAUGCCUUUUCAACUGAAUUGUUUGUUUGCUGAAAUAAAAGUUCAAAGUUUGUUAAUAAAGGAGAACUUUUAAAAGAACAAAAGUAUGUAUUUGGCGGCCAUAUUGUUUUUCUUCUUUCCGGGGAGAGAGAGAAUCGUACGGUUCAGUCGAAAGCCGAUCAAUAGUUUAUAAAUUACUCAAACGGCUUUACAUGGGCCAAGCCUGAAAGAGUAUCAAUGGCUUUUUUUGUGAGCUUUACGUCUGACUAAGAUCAAUCAAAGAUUUAUUCUUUAAAUAAAAUUGAAAAAGUCAUUCUUCAAAACUGCCAAUCAUCAUUGAGAGGGAAUAGAUACCUCUUUUAAACACCUUAGAUUGCGGAGGUAGUCUAGUGGACAGAAGCAUUGUCUUCCCAGUUCUGGAGGUGCAAGUUCGAAUCUCCCCACCAGCAAGUUUUUUCUUAGUCGUUUCUUUUUCUUUUUUUUUUUUGCCUUUUUCUUUAUCAACUGUUUACUUCUUACCUGUGGUGCAUACAGCCAUUAACGUAAUGUAGUAAAUUGAAAGCAAAAGGAACAUAAACAAUGCCGUAUGUCAUAUCGUAGAGUAUUUACUGGUCGAAUUUCGCAUGUGCCGAAUUUAUUUGAAGAGUUAACUGCAUUUGAGAUGCGACGUCUGCAUGAAUUAAAUUCGGCAGUCAACCUGAGACCUGAUAAUUAGCACCUUUUACACUUUAUAUUGUAUUUUUUUCUCUUUUAAUCACGUGCAACUAAAUUUUCGCUCGCAACUCCCUAUUUAAUGAACUCACGGAAUUAAGAACACGAAUUUAAAAAUGAUGACAUGGAGUCAUCGAAACAACAUUCAUUGCUAUCGCUGAUUUUUAUUCUCAAUUGUUUGCCUAAAUCCUCUGUUAUUAGAAUAAUAAUAAUGAUGAUGAUGAUGAUAUUAAUAAAAUUAAUAAUAAUAAUAAUAAUAAUAAUAAUAAUAAUAAUACCAAAAAUUACGAGAAAAUGGCAAGAAAGCCAUUACGCUUAUCCAACGUGGGUAAACCCUUUCAGUGCAGUGCGAGACUAAAGCCUGGUUUUCAUAUGUCGGGAGAAUCCCAGACGAUCGGGGCUUUUACUUUUUGCCGACCGUCCCAUGCAGAUAUAUCGGAUAAUCGCCACAAUUCUGUCUCUGACUCUCCCGGUGUAUUUGGCAGGAAAUGGAAAGUGCGCCAAAAAUGGAAACUUGCGUGAUAGGGGGACUGGAGCCCAACAAUUUGGGGGAUUGGUAAUGAGCGAAAUCCAUCGCCGACGUCUCCGACGAUACAAAUUUGAGUUUUCAUUUGUCGGGAAUGAUCGCCGACCAUCGCAGAAAUCUGGGACGCGUCGGGAAAAUAGAAACGCUUCCGAUUCUCCAGAUUUGUCCCCGUCCAUCCCAGGCGAUCGAGGAUAUUUACGAUUUCGAGUUGUCAUUAGUCGGCAAAAUCUGGGAAGUCGGGAAACAGUAAAAUCCCAGAUCGUC